AUGGCUCUCGAUACACUACAAAAGAUUUGUGAAGAUAACGCAAAAGACCUAAAUGAAGCAACACUAGAUAAUGAUAAUACACCCGUUUUAGACUUUAUUAUACCCCGAUUAAUUCCUUUCAACAGUAACCCGAUCUCCCGUUUGCGAGUAUUAGCCAUAUCUGCAACCAAUCAUUUUGUCCAGUUAAAAUCAGCAUCGAUCCUUACCAAUAUGACGGCCUACCUCGAAUCCUUAUUUCUGAUUGCAACGGACGAAAAUACUGAAGUACGUCAAGAAGUGUGCCGGUCUUUUGUCAUGUUACUUGAUAAUUUCACUGAAAGCCUACUGCCAUAUCUUGAUCAGUUGAUCGAAUACAUGAUUUUUUGUAACCAAUCCCAAAAUACUAAAGUAGCUCUGGAAGCUUGUGAUUUCUGGCAUCAAUUUUCCAGAUUAGACUCGAUACAUUCUCAUUUAGUCCCGUUUUUACCAAAAGUCAUACCCGUGAUUCUGAACUCGUUGAUCUAUACCGAAGAGGAUUUAUUGAUGUUUGGGGGAGGUGACGAACAAGAAGAUUUACACCCUCGUUUCAAUAGUAGGUUUAGAUCCUCAAGACACCAUAGACAAUACGAGAGUAGUGAUGAAGACAAUGACGAGGAGGAUGAUCAAGAGGACGAUGAAUUCUUCUCAGAAUGGACUCUCCGAAAAUUCAGCGCAACUUCUUUGGAAGCUCUCACGUCUACUUUCAAGUCUCAGGUCACGGACAUUUUACUUCCGCUUUUGAACCAUGCCCUCUUUAGUCAAGAUUGGAGAGUGGUGGAAAGUGGUAUCUUGGCCUUGGGUGCUGCGGCAGAAGGUGGCAUUGAUGAAAUAUCUCCUCAUCUUCCUGACAUGAUACCAUUUCUCAUCACAAACUUGUCAAAUACAAAUGCACAUGUUCGAUACAUAUCAUGUUGGACCGUGAGCCGUUUCUCGGGUUGGAUAGUUGGACAAUGUGGUAAUUCCGAACAUGGUCGCACACAAUUUUAUGAGCCCGUACUUCGUCAAUUGUUGAAAAGAAUUCUUGACAGAAGCCGACGGGUCCAGGAGGCAGCUUGCUCUGCUUUCUCCACGCUUGAAGAACAAGCGACCGAACAAGAACUGGUGCCUUAUUUACCCGUGAUCUUGAACCAUUUAACAAGAGCGCUUAGGUUAUACAGAAACAAAAAUUUAAGAUUAUUAUAUGACACCAUCGGUACCUUGGCUGAAUCUGUCGGUUCCUCUUUAAAUGAACCAGCCUGUAUCGCUGUAUUAAUGCCUCCAUUGAUUUCAAGAUGGAAUGGAUUGCAAGAUACCGAUUCGGAUUUAUUUCCGUUGUUAGGGUGUUUAACAGAUAUAGCUACUUCUUUGGGAAUCGGGUUCUUACCAUUUACAGAACCUGUAUUUACCAGAUGUGUCAUGUUAGUCUCGACUACAUUACAAAGCACCGUUGCGGAUGAUGAUUAUGAUGAUUUCGAUGAAUUGGAUGAUGAGUUUAUUGUAGUUCCUUUGGACUUAUUAUCGGGUAUUGUUCAAGGUUUAGGCAACACGGUCGAGCCCUUUGUGAAACAGUCUACCUUAUUACCACUAUUAGCUGCAUGUGCUCAUUACGACUCACGGUAUGAAGUACUUCAGCCCACCUAUGCUCUGAUUGGUGAUUUAGCCAAAGCAUGCUUUGGUGCAUUAGACCCGUACCUGGAGAACAUCAUGCCGGAAUUAAUACGGCAAUUAGAGAAUGAUGACCCUGCUUAUAAGUCUGUGCGUAAUAAUGCAAUCUGGGCGAUCGGGGAAAUUUCAAUACGAUGGCCCAAAGAAAAGAUGGAGGUCUAUGUAGAACAAAUCUUGAGUUCGUUAAUCCCACUUAUACACCCACAAUCACAAUCAAUAGAGCUUCAAGAGAAUGCAGUGAAUACGAUUGGUAGAUUGGGUAUUAACACACCUGAGAUUGCAGCACAUUUUUUACCUCAUUUUAAUCGUGCAUGGCUGUAUCGUUCUCGUGUGAUGCGAGAGAAUGAUGAAAAGGAUAGUGCGUUUCAAGGGUUCUGUAAAAUUGUGCGACUUUAUCCACAUGCCCUGAAUGAAGUGGCCAUACGUAUGUUGCUGGAUACCAUCGGGCAAUGGCAAAAUCCAUCGGAGGCAUUAAAGCUGUUAUUUGAACAGGUUACUAGUGGAUAUCGUGGAUUAUUAACUGAAGCGCAAUGGAAUCAAGUGGCACCGUAUUUGAUGAAUAAUAAUAAUAAUGCACCUGCAGUUCAAUAA